UUUUUAUCGCUUAGAAUCGAGAACCGUGAAAUAAAUGAAAUUCAGAAAAAAAAUUAAUUACAAUUUUUGUGGGAGGAGGGAGAGAAAAAGGAAGAAAGGAGAAGUUUGACGGUUUGAAACGAUUUGUCUUUGUCAUGCAUGUAUUUGGAAAUGCUGUGAAACUUUAUUUAAAAUCUAUUUCUUAUCAAUAUUUCGCAAAUUAAACACGAAACUGUUUGUGCGAACAAACGUAAUGAAUUCGACUCAGUAAAAUACCGAUAUAUUAUGGUAAACCACGGUGGACACAACGUAUGAAAUGAAAGGUGGGGGGAAGCGAAAGACUAGAGGAACGAAAGUAGAGGGAGGUGCGCGUGGUUUAGCCCUUUGUAAUGGGGUGGGCGUCCGAAGUGACACCGCGUACGCCCCUGUCGAAUGACGCCCCAGCCAACUGCAACCAGCUUUAGCCAGCUCGGUUGGCGAGCAGCCGCACGAACCAGCACGGCCAACCACCAAUCGGCGAGGCCGUGCCGUCAUGACGAACGUACGGCGACGUUGCCAUCUCGCGCACCGCCCAUUGGCCCCACGAGUAUGUACAUACGUGCGUCCGUCGUAGUUUCGACGAGUCCCAUUACGACGGUAUUUGUUAGUAUUCGUUUUAACGUUUCCGCGAACGUGAAUAAAUGACUAAACGGAGAGUGUGGUGGAUGUAGAAUAUAUGAUGCACGUGUCGGUAGAUUGCACGAUAGUUUGACAAGUCGCACGAAUUGCCGCAGCCGCAUCGCUUUUCAUCGACUCCCCUCAGCCAGCGAUACUGUGCGCGUCACACAAUUUCUAUCCAUCUACGCGCGGAGAGCGAUAGCGUCAAAACUUGGUGCGAAUUGUUCCGUGAUGUAAACGGCAAUUUUAAGCUAAUAUAUCGUACACAUCUUGCUCGAUCGUGUAUCGAUCAACGCAAAAUAAUGCAGCCACUACUAAUGGUCGUUGUAGUAUAGUGCGCGGGCGCAAUACUACGGCAACAGUGACGCGCUCGCGUGCGUGGCACGUGCGUACGUGUGUGUAUAUGUGAUUCUUUUUUUCUUUUAGUUCUUUCUUUAUAUAUGUGACUUUGUGCGCGGUAUGUACGAGAGCUCUCGUGAAUAAUGCUUCACUACUUGCUUGUACAUUAUGCAAACGGCAAAACGCACGAUAACGAGUACAGUUCCGUUUUUAUCGAAUCGUGUCAAGUCGGUUCUUCGUGAUCAGCGUGCUUUCUUGAUUGAGAAAGAGACGCACAUGUUUUCGCAUAACUACUUGUAACGGUACGAAUCGGACUAGUAGCGACAACGCAACGUAGUGGCGUUGGCAUUUGGCGUUGGCGGUGGUGUUGGCGUUGGCGUUGGCGUAACAUUAACAGUGAACAUCAGAACAAUCUUUUCUUCGUGGUUACAAGAAAAUUGCCAAUAUACAUACUUGCAUCUUUAUUGCGUUAUGGAUUCCUAGCACAAUUUGGCGAAAUGGCAUCAAAUCCAUUCUUAUAAAUUUUUUAUGGUGCAAAACACAAUCGUUCAUCAUGAAACGAAGUCUAGAUGGAAGGAACAUUUCACAAGAAGAAAUCGAAGAGCAUGAUCCUUUGCAAUCACAAUCGCAGCAACAAGAUGAAACAGACCAGCAACAGUUAGAACAGCAACAGCAGCAGCAAACUGCCCAGUCACAAAUUCGUUUCUUAAACGCAAAUGUAUUACAACAAUUGCAACAACAAGAUGUUCAACAACAAGCUCAACAGCAGCAGCCGCCGCAAGUUAUUACCCUGCAGAACUUUAUGCCUUUACAAGCUCAACAAUCGCAACACGAUCAACAGAGAGCGCAAGCAAUCUCUGUUCAAUCACUACCUCAUCAAUUCUUGCAAGGUGCUCAAAUUAUUAGCGCUCAGGCACAAACGGCUCUUCAACAACAACAGCAACAAAGUCAGCAACAAUCGCAGCAGCAGCAACACACUCAACAACAGCAGCAGCAACCGCAGCAACAACAGCUCAGUUAUAGCGUAAUCCCACAAAUGCAGACCGUCAAUAUAGAUGGUCAGGAAGCUCUAUUUAUUCCAUCCUCGGCGAUGUCCGCGGCAGGCGGUCAUCACCAAACACAGCCAACAAUGCAAUUUGCUACCGCAAAUGGUCAGCAAAUGCAACUUGCCGGUCAGCAAGUGCAACUAGCGAACGGCCAGACCAUUAUUACGCCACAACCAGUUAGUCUCAUAAGGGCACCCAAUGUCUUUCCCACUUCGAUUAUACAAAAUAUUACGGGACAAACAGUACAACUGCCGACAGGUCAAAAUGUACAAGUAAGACCACUUCAAUUUCCUAUGCAGCAUGUUCAGCAAACAGUCCCUGUACAAGUACCAGUCACUGCCAACAAUGGACAAACUGUUUAUCAAACUGUACACUUUCCCGUUCAAGCUUUGUCCAGCGUUUUAAAUAUGCCCGCGACACAAAUGAUACCUCAAAUCAUGCAACAAAUACCUCAAGUAGCACAGAUAAUUACACCAAGUGGUCAGAUCCAGCAAGUGCAAAUUACAAACUUACCACAGUUACAAAGUCUUCAGAGUCAACAAGUAACACAAGUAGCUCAGCAAGUUGCACAUCAACAAGCGCAGCAGCAAGUCGUCCAACAACAAACUCAACAACAAGUAGUGCAAUCUGUUCAACAGCAACAACAAGUCGCUCAGGCUCAAGUACAACAGCAGCAGCAGCAGGUGCAACAGCAGCAAGUACAACAAGUAGUACAACAGGUAAUACAGCAGCAACAGCAACCACCACCAUCGCAACAGCAACAACAGCAGCAGCCACAACAGCAGCAACAGAUGCAACAAUCUUCUGCUCCAUCGUCGACAGUUGCAACUUGGAGCACAACAGUUGCCACUCCUAGCAACGUUCAGGUUCUCGGCAUAAGUGCAUUAGGAAGAAGUAUAACAGGAAAUACCAAUGUUAUUACCACAAAAGAUGGUCAGAAGAUCGAUGUGCAAGCAUUAUCUACUCUAACAAGGCCACCGGAAACGAUAGACGGUGACAUUAAAGUAACAAAUAUCGAUGCAAGUCAACUAACCAGUGGACAAGUAAUACAUAUCCCUGCUGCACAGUCGGCUCAAUCGACAGUGCAACCUAUUACGAUUACAGGAGCGCAAGGACAACAAUUAACGCUUAUUCCUGCAUCUGCAUUAGCGAAUUUAACUGCGCAACAAGGUAACAUGAUGAGGAGCGUAAGCAACGGAAGCAUAAUGCAAAUUCAGCCAGCCGCUGGAAUAAAUGCAACCAAUUUUUUACAAUCGAUACCUGUACAAAAUAUCCCAGGUUUAGGCAAUGUACAAGUAAUACCAGCAAGCGCAUUACAACCCGUACCAACCGCUACAGUCCAAACGUUACCCGCUACCACGGCUACACCUAUUGUUGCGGCUGCACCAACCGUACAACUCGAUUCGAACGAUCCUACCAAAUGGCAGAUUCUCCAAACUCUUCAAUCGAACGGAACUUUGACAACAUCUGCUACCCCUAUGUCUCACCAACAUCAGGUAUCCAACGCGGCAAAUUCCAAUACCGACACCGAUACUAACAAGCAGCAUCGUAGAAGAGUCGCGUGCACGUGUCCCAAUUGCGGCGACGGAGACAGAAAUAGAGAUAUGAGCAGAAAGCGGCAACAUAUAUGCCACAUUGCCGGCUGCAAUAAAGUAUAUGGUAAAACAAGCCAUUUGCGUGCUCACUUACGUUGGCAUACCGGCGAACGACCAUUCGUCUGCAGUUGGAUAUUUUGCGGUAAAAAAUUUACCAGAUCCGACGAACUUCAAAGGCAUCGUAGAACUCACACUGGCGAAAAACGCUUUCAAUGUCCAGAAUGUACUAAGAAAUUUAUGCGAUCUGAUCAUUUAACGAAACACAUUAAAACACACACGAAGAUACGGAGCACAGAAGCUGCUACUUCGACACAGGAAGGCUCUUCUGACAGCCAAUCUUCCACCGAGCAGAAAAUUAUUAUAGCAGUGCAUAAGGAGACGGAACAGUCUGAAAUUGUUAUCUCGGAACAAAUAGAAAGCAUGAAAACCGAAUCAACGAAUCACAUAACAAAUGAAUAAAAAUUCUAUUAUAUGCUGGAUAAUAUCGAUAUCACUGAUAAUAUAAUACAGAUCAAUCUGCUGCUGCUAAUGACAAUGCAUGAUUCCAGGAUCUUUAUCUUAUCCAAGAUUCAUAAUUAAAAAAAUAAAUAAAUAAAAAAAAUAAAAGGAAAUCAUAUUUAUUAGAGAUGCUAAAGCUUGAUAUCGUCAAUGAUAUCAAGCAGAUUUUAAUGUCUGAAAUUUUAGAAAAGAGUUGGAUUAACAUUGUUAUGUGUAUGCAUAUAUGUACAAGAGCAUUAUAUAAAUAAUAUCGAAAUUAGUACUGUAUUGUGGUCACAGACAAAUAUCAUGGCUCGGAGUUCAUUUGCUCCAUAUAAGAAUAAUAUGGUACAGUAAUAGAUUUAUAAGUAUAAUAACAAUAUCUAACAUACAAUUUAUUUUUUUAUUGCCAUCACGUGUGUAUAUGUAAAUAUAUAUAUAUGUAUGUAUGUAUGUAUAUAUAAUGUAAAUCAAUGUAUAUAGUUUUGCACGAGAAAGUUUUACAUUUGUAAACAUCUUUUGAUAUUAUAAAAAAUGCAAGUAUUUAGCUUUUUUCUCCUUUAAUUUAUCGAAUUACUUUAAACCAAGCAUCCGCUUCGUAAUAUUUCGCGAACUAAAAAUACAGAUUUAAUCUUGAAAGAUAUUUGUCCGAAUUCGAGUUGACAUUUGUGUAUAUAGAUCAUAAGUAAUGUAUACGUUUAAAAUAAAGUUCUUGCAAUAGUAUAAUGCAGACAUAAACAACACAGUCGGUUAAAAUUUAAUGGAAUUACAUGGCCCCAGGUACCAUGUACAAGUUCCUGUUAAGAGAUAUGAAAUUUAAAAUGUGGAACUUUUGUCAUAUUUGAAACAGAUAAUGAUCUCUCAUUGAUAUUCUUUUAAUGUCAAGCCUAUUACCAGGUGCAGAGUAGAUACAGCCCAAGAAUAAGAAAAUAAUUGUCUGUAGUUAAACUCGAAUUCCGAUAGUUUCUCUAAUAUGGCCACUGUCCACAUCAUUUCAGAAUUGUGAUUCAAAUGGUUACUCUGCACCAUCAUACAUUAUAUUUAUGGAAUUUUUGCUGGGGAAAUAAACUAGCUACGGAUGUAUCAGAAAAUCCAAAAAUGGAAAUAUAUAUAAUUAUUUUCGAAAAAAAAAAAAAAAAAAAAA